AUGGAGACAUUGGGCUUACCUCUGCCUCUCUUCGAAAAGAUCUUAUUCAGAUUGGAUCCCAUAUCUCUGGUUAUGAUGAAAUGCACGAGAAGAUCUUUCAACUCCCAUAUAUCUGAAGAUCCGUAUUUUAAAUCCAAGUACUUGUCUGGGGUCAGAUCCGGUUUGCUUCACAUCUCCAGCUUCGGCUCCAAAAACCUCUUCUGCAACCCUUUCGGCGAUUCUAGUUCAUCCAGGCACCACGAUUUCUUAGAUAUCACGACAAGGAUUCUCGGCUCUUGUUCUGGCCUCCUCCUACUCUUCAUCGAUGGUCUCUGUGUCGCGAAUCCGCUCACAAAGAGGUAUCGAUUCCUGAAUUACUCUAAAUCAAUGUUUCUUAGUCGUGUUGACAGAUGGGGAAUUCUAAAUUUUGACCUUCCAUCGGAAAAAAUGAAUCGCCUUGGUCUUGCGGUUGAUCAAAUAACUCAGAGAUUCAAAGUUGUCUGCAUGAACGAAACUGAGACUUCGGAUCCCGACGAAACCAUGUAUCAGUUCGAGAUUCUCACAGGAGAUUCGUGUUGGAGAUUGUCGGCAACAACCAUUACUUGCAGCGCAAGUGUCCUCAUUAUGGAUAAGAAACCUGUUUACUUUGACGGAUCUGUUCACUGGUUGAGAAAGGACGGAAGCAUUUUAUCGUUCAAUCCAGAAACAGAGCAAGCACGGCUGAUUCCAAUCAAGUUUCCCCUAGAACUAUGCGCGGUGGCGAACAAGUUCUUGUUCUCCGCCACAGAGAAGGAACUUGCAUUCAUAUCAGCGACGGAGGACUUGAUUAACGUUUAUGCCCUCGAGAAUGCUCUCAUUGAUCCUAAGUGGGCAUUAGUGAAGCAAAUCAAAAACGGAGUGUCGGAAAAUAAGAAAAUUAGGUACUGGAACGUUGCGGCAUACGAUGGCAAGUAUUUAGUGUUGUGGGAAAUGUACAAGGAUAUAUACAACGGAGUUGUUCAUGGGUACGACUUGAGAGCUAACAAGUGGGGGGUCUUAGGUUCGGUUCCAUCGUGGUGCGAUUGUAGUCAUAGCUUUUACAACUUUACACCGUCGCCUUUCUCUUCUACGAUAGAACUGAAUAAGAAGGUCGACGUCAGGAUGAUUACAACGGUUCGUGAUGAUUACAACGUCAGGAUGAUUACAAUGGUUCGUGAUGAUAAACAUAUCUCGACUCUAAAGAAAAUUAUGAAACUGACUGAUGAAAUCUCACCUUGUGCUAAGAGCCGGUGGCAUUGA